GUCGCCUUGUGAGCCAUUAAGUCCGUCGGUUAUCGGGUCCUGGAUCAUUCCUUCUUGAUAAUGGCGCCUUGUGCGUGAUCCUUCUAUGCGCCUCGUCCCUCCCGGUAUUUCUUGGCCGCGACUCCUCUUCUCCCCCAAAUCCGCGAUGGCAUCUCCGAGCCCAUCUAUUUACUGACUUGUCUUGUUGCAUAACUUAAGUUCCAAGUGCUAUGGGCGGCUUACUGAGAUAUGACCCUUUUCGCAUGCCCGGCUGGAAAUGAAUCCCCCUUUGGCUGCGCAAUCUCCCCUGGCUAGAAAUAAGAACAGCCGGUGUCUCCUUUGGGACUACAGCUAAAUCAUGGACUUUCCUGGAGGGUCCAUCACCAACAUACGCGUCAUUGAUGGAUUCUCCCAGAUCUACUGGAGAAUAUACACAGAGGAGCCUAAUAUUGCUAAUAAUCCGGGCGAGUCUCCAGCUAAUGGCUACACGAUCUUGAAGCAUCUCAGCCGCCUCAGGGAUCUUGAGCUUCAACUAAGGGACCGGAAUUGUUUGGUUUCCAGCUACCCCAGACGGCUCUGCUUAUGGGUCUAUUCUGCUACGCCUGGCUUUGAGAGCCUGUUGCCCCUGUGCGCGAACGAAGCUAAAGGUGACUCGAGCAGACUUGCUAUUGGCUCAGCUACCUUGAAAGUAUCCUCUUCGGGCAAUGUUUCGUCACUAGAUUUAGUCAAAAAUCUCUCGACAGAACCUCAGAAUGCGCCGGGCACUACCGGACCUCAGAGACAAAAUGCUCUUACACCCUACGCUACGAUUUAUGCAUCAUUCAUUUCAGCCGUCAGUGGGGCAGUGAGCCUCCAGCUGGUCCGACAACACAACGCGAUUCCACUUGGAUCGCGUACUCUCUUUACUGCUGUUGACAGAGACUCAUACGAUCGUUUUGUUAAAAACGACCCUGUUUCGGCUUCGUCCUUGACUACGCUUCAGAUCCAGCUGACAUCGGUCGGGAAGUUGACGGUAGCUUUACAGACAGUAUCGCAGGCUGGCCUAGCGCGAUUACUCGCGCCUGGAGAUGACCCAGCAGGCAUCCAUGAAGCCCCACCGGGCACUGACCUCUGGCUCUCUCCUAGUGGGUCUAUUGCCAGACUCGUCGCCGCUAAUCCAUCCCGACUAAACGCAGCAUCCCCGUAUCCGUCUAGUGCUGGAGGCCUAGGGAAUGACAAGUCCAGCACGGCAAACCGCAAACAGUGGAAGGUCAAUGUGCUUUGGUGGCUUGCCAAUUUUGGUCUUCCGGUGGAUGAGAUUGACGAGGAAGCCUGGGUUGAAGUUGAAGUUUGGGAGCCGUUUUACUCUAGACUCGCUGGGGAGAUAGGGCGGCCGAACGAUGAAAGCUCGUCGUCGCUUCCCCUGAAGCGGAUCCUUUGGCCAGCUAUUCACUGCUUCAAAAGGACCAGGUCAGCAUCUUCAGAUUUCUAUGGUGAAAUGGAUAGCGUCGCUCCUAUUGUUGGUGACCCUCUAGACUUUGCAGAGAAAUGGCGUGUAACAGAGAAGCCCACCUUUACCGAGGCGAGCCCUAAGCCUCCGUCUGUUCAACCAGAACCGCAAGCUAGGGACCAGGACGCAUCAUCGCCUGACUUGUCUAACUUACCUGAAGGCAUUGAAAGCCUUUCUCGGGCAUCACAGUAUCCUGAGCUUCAGACCGCUAGCCUUGUAUACCCAACUCCGCCUGAUGGAGCCGCUGCAACGGGAUUAAAUCCUACAAUGCCUUCCGAUGUCUUCCCAGACGAUCUUGAACAAGGCUCGAGCUUCAUGCAACCGAGCAGGCAAAGUUUUCACGGCCAACUCGGUAAAGAUCGAACGGGAUCGGAGGUGAUAAGCUUCGGCCCAUCGGCAGGGCUCGUGGUUGGAUCCGGUCUAUACGAUACAAACGAGGAUGACGAUCUGUUCGGAGACAUCAAUGAGAAGGAUUUUGGGUCCAAAGGCAUCACUGAUGCCGAUUUCAGCUUCUUCGACGACCCACAUUUCGACCAUGUCGGUGGAGGUGAACAAGAAGAUCCAGUCCAUGAGAUGUCUGAAUUUAUGGAUACGGAUGAACCCGAACUGCAACCAACUAUGGAUGACCAAGCUUCGCCUGAACAGAUACCAGCAGUGGACAUUGAUAGCUCCCGAUUGAGUCCCGUGGUUGAGACUGCAGGACCCCAGCAAGAAAGGACUAUUGCCGAGGGGAAAACACCCGUAUCCUCGCCUCGGAAUGUCAAGCCUCGAACUAUCAGUCCCCCAUUGAGCCCUGUAGAGGUUAAAAAGAUCCUCUUCCCAGAGCCGCAGGUAGGAAGUCAGCAUCUGGUUAAACAGGGGCAGAUGCCAGGCUACUACAAUGCAGUCGCUUUCAAGCAGAAUAUGUCUCUUUGGGACCGGAAAUACAGCGCAAAAGGGAAGUUUGGGUUCACCUUUCGAGGAAUGGAGGGCCAUCAAGGCGAUGCGGCCGCGGGCGAUAUCCCAACCAUCGGCCUUCCGCGGCGCAGUGGGAAGCUUAAGAAUGGCACGUCGAAAGAACCGGACAGCCAUGGGUCCCCCACUAGCGAGAUGCAAGCGUCAUCGUCGGAUACGGAAUCAAGCAGCGAUAUGAGCAUUGAAAGUGACGAGAGUGGCUCCGAGAGCGCAUUAUCACCGGCCACAUUCUCCACCCGGAAGAGAAAACGUACUCGCUCCAACUCAGGGACUUCGUUGGCAUUGUCCCAAGAAAAGGCUUUCACGAGGGCUGACCAAGAGACCAUACCCCAGAGACCGGAAGACUCGGUUUUUCUAGGGAACUUCCUUUCUACUUUCUCCGAUUGGUCCAUGGCAGGCUAUUUUUCCCUGACACAGAACCAUGUUUCCCCAGUACUUAUCCGCAAGGACAUCCAGGUCCAGAUUGCCCAGCUGUUGGUCGACCAAGUCACGCAAUCAUCCUUAGACCACAAGAUAGAUGGAGCCCUUGGUCUGUCUGACUAUGACGAUGAGGUGUACUCUCUUCAGACUCACCUAGGUGAUGCGGCUUUCGUGGGUGGGAUGGAGCGACUGGACCUAAACAGCUUUGUCUCGCUGCAAGACGCCAGUACAGUUUCGCCCCCUACAUCCAAUGGGCCUAACCCACGCCAGUCUUCUCAACGUAAAGAGGCUGGAAAAGGCACCAUACUGAAAAUACCUCCACCGCACCUGCGUGUACGCCGCGGAAAAGACUUUUUGGAAACACUGCCUCCGGCGAUCUCCUUUUGGGAAACUUUCGGGUUAGAGCCGGCUCACGGUCAGAAGGAUGUCUUUGCCUAUUGCAUCCAUCCUCAUUUCGCUGCCGAAGCAGCCGAUGCAUUCUUAGAGCGGCUUGGCUUAGUCUAUACGGGCUGCAAUCUUGGAAGUCAUAGCCGAGGUGAACGAUCCAAUUUCUUCGACCGUGGGCUGGGCUCCUGGGACAUCAGCCCCUCAGAGGGCUCACGUUAUUCCGAGGUCAUGCAAUCCCUGAAGUCAAUCUGCGGAGUGCUCGGUUCUGCCUUCUUGAACACUCCGCCGAACAAGGAUAGCAACCUUGUGGUAUACAUCGUAAAUCCUUUCACUCACACCGCGGCAUUGGUCGAUAUCUGCUCCGCGUUCUGGUCUCUUUUUCAGAAAUAUAUCGCGGACGCUGAUAAACAACAGGCACGACAGCUUAACGAGCUUGUGCUGCAGAUCAUUCCUAUGGAUUUCGUCACAACAACUGAGUCCCUAGUUGUCCCCCCACAGGCCGAAUACCUGAACCUGGCUCUUGAAGUGUACAGCCGAUGUCCGCCUAAAUCAACUCAACCAAGCCUUAUAAACUGUGCGCCGCCGGUACUGCUUGCAGAACCCCUUCCGCGAUCGAUCGGUUUCAAGUUGUCUUCAGAGGGAUCUUCUCCCCUCCAAGAAGGAAAAUGCCUGCACAUUGCCUGCUCCAGGAGUCUCGACCAACGCUGGAUAAGCGUCGCUUGGUCUGAUAAUUUUGGGGCACUUCAGCGAAAUAUGUCUUAUUGUCUGCGCUUCCGUAAUUCUCUGAUGACCCGACCUCUUUUGGAAGUACGCGGAGAGAUUUGGAAAGCAACAAGAGAUAUCAUAGACAGGAUCCAGGCACGGUGGAGGGUUGUCAUUGUGAACACUGACCCUGUGGACCAGGAAGAAGUUGACACAUGGUCAAACUUUGCCGAUCAGUAUGGUAAGGCCAGGUCAACGACGCUGGACCUUGUCAUCUUGAGCACGAACCCUACUCCUGAGCUAUUCCUUGAGCCGCCUUUUCUACCGAUUCCCCUGACCGUCUUCAGUCAGCAGGCUUCUUCCACACCUGUCGCUACGCCGAAUGUCGGUGGCAGUGUCUCUUCUCCGGACCAAUUCGGCAAUGCGCCCACGCCUCCCGGUGGCUGGGGAGCGCCCGCAAACGCCGGCACACCAACGGAUGCGCUCCCAGAAAUUGAAUCAGAAUCCCUACUUACAGACAUCUACGAUGAGACGUGGGGGGUGGUGUUAUCACACCGGCUCAACAGCUCUCUACAUCAAACGGAGUAUCGGCCCGCACUGGCUAGCGGAUAUCUUCUUCGCCGGAAGGGUUCCACUGAUGGAGAUGGGCUGUAUACCAUGAGCGUCAAUAUACUCUUUGCGCGGCGUCCCCCAUCUUCAUACGAUACUCUCCUCCGGGAGAUCUUGGGCAUGUAUCGCGACUUGGCGACUCUGGCUCGGGCUAGGGGUACUCGCACUGUCCAGCAGGGUACACUCCCGUGGCAUAUUGCCACGGCGGUGAAAGCCCAGACUAUGCUGAGCUAUGCUCUAUGAUUUCAGUUGUAUUUUGCUAUUAUACCAUGUUCCGGUUCAGUGAUAAUGUGGCGUUCAGGACCACCCGGCUGACUUUUUUACUUCAUCUGUUUUACCUCCGUUUCUUUUCUUUUGUAUAUAGUUGGGCACUGUUUCAGGCAGAAUAGGAUAUACCACUGUGCAGGUUUGCUUUGGACUUUUGGACUGCAUGGGAAUGUCGAACUUCGGUUACCGGGAAUAGAGGCUAUCUUGGCUGUGGGUGCAUGCAUACUUGUCUGUCAUGAUAUGGAAGCAUUGUAAUAUCAGCUUUUUCUACUUCGAUGUGUUCACAUUCGAUUCAUCUUUGACCUAUUAUCUUCAUCAAGUUGGGGUUGCUUGUUGUUUUGUGUGAAAUUUUCGCUCGUUCUCUGCAAGAAAUAUACUUCGGGCUAGGGUGUGACCUUGCAUUUUCAUGUCCAAACCCUCCAGUGUUUCUAGCACCACCAUGAAUCUCAACUGCAUUCUAC